AGCUCGUUUCAUUUCACAACUUGGCUGUGUUGCCUUCCGUUGCGGAGUAAAUUUGGUCCAACCCGGGAAAAAUAAGAAGAACGCUUUUUGUUUUAAAUCAAGACAGUGCAAAGUGAAAGAGUCAACAUGGGCAAAGUCCAGGGCGGAAUGAAGUGUGUCAAAUAUCUUCUGUUCAUAUUCAACUUUAUUUUCUGGCUGGUGGGUUCGCUGGUGCUGGCCGUGGGACUGUGGCUCCGGUUCGACCCGGACAUCGUGUCCCUCCUCAACCCAGAAGGAGCUCCUGAGACGUUUUUCAUGGGUGUGUACAUCCUGAUCGGCGCGGGGGGGCUGAUGAUGCUGGUGGGGUUCUUCGGCUGCUGCGGGGCCGUGCGGGAGUCCCAGUGCCUUCUGGGAUCGUUUUUUGCCUGCCUUGUGAUUAUCUUUGGUGCUGAGAUUGCAGCGGGUGUGUUUGGAUUCCUAAACAAAGAUAAGAUCAUAGGAGAGGUACAACAGUUCUACAAGCAGUCCUUCGAAGAAAACACCAACAGCACCGUAGUGUUAGCCUACCAGGAAGUUCUGAACUGCUGUGGGGUGAGCACGUCAGACCCCGCCCUGUGCCCCGGAGCCAAAAAGGAUUGUAACGCAGCGAUAUCGGAGUUCUUCAACGACAAGCUCUACAUCAUUGGAUAUGUGGGGAUUGGCAUUGCAGGAGCAAUGAUCAUCGGCAUGAUCUUCAGUAUGGUGCUUUGCUGUGCGAUAAGGAACAGCAGAGACGUCAUCUAGACACCUUAAAGCCCUCUGACCCCCCCAUUUCACCCACCCUCAUCCUCACCCUCUUCCUCAUCCUCACCCUCAUCCUCUUCCUCUUCCCUCCCUGACAGCCUGAUCUGGGCCUUUGUGGACUCCGUAGCCAUAGUAACAGUACCGUUCUUCCCUGGCUGGCAGCUCAACAGGCCCGCUGUCUCACCCCUAUGUACGGCACACACACCGCUACACCGAGCCACGGGUUUGAGUUUUCUGAUGUCAUUGUGAAACACCAUUACCCACAAUUCCCUGAAUCUCUGGUCUGGGUGGCUGUUUUUACACACAAAGGUGAGACGGCUUUACUUUCGGAAAAAAAUAGACAAAGAAAGCCGUUGGCACCUGUCACAAAGGCAUUGUGUUCUAUAACCUGCAGCACACCCCACUCCUCCUUGAGGAGGAACUUUAUGAUGUAAUGUCAGGAACACAGAUUCUGCAAGUCUGCGGGCUUCAGCUGGCCCCGCCCACCCCCACUCUGAUUGGCCAUGGCAUUCCCAUUCCAGCUAUAUGUGUAUGCGUGUAGACCACAGGCGUUAGACUUCAGUCCUGGAGUGCCACAGCAGCUGAUGGCUUUCACUUAAGCCACUGAUUGGCUUAAGAGUCCAUGUGCCUUUUACUCAAGGCCUUAAUUGGCUGCUGAUUGAAAGGAAACCACAAAUACCUGUAGAUGCUAUGGCCAUCCAGGCAGCAGUGUAGCCAUUUUUAAAACAAUAUUUUAUUUUGUCAUAUUUUACAUGUAUUUCCACCAUUUUUGGUGGGGAGGGUGGCAAACCCAAACUCUCCUCUCCCUUGGCUACAUCUCCACCUCCAAGAUUGAAGUUAAACCUGUGGACACAGCGCCCCCUCCAGGACUGGAGUUAAACCUGCAGACACCGCGGCCCUCCAGGACUAGAGUUAAACCUGCAGGCACUUUGGACCUCCAGGACCAGAGUUAAACCUGCAGACACCGCGGCCCUCCAGGACUAGAGUUAAACCUGCAGGCACUUUGGACCUCCAGGACCAGAGUUAAACCUGCAGGCACUGUGGUCCUCCAGGACUGGAGUUAAACCUGCAGACACUGCGGCCCUCCAGGACUGGAGUUAAACCUGCAGGCACUGUGGUCCUCCAGGACUGGAGUUAAACCAGCAGACACUGCGGCCCUCCAGGACUGGAGUUAAACCAGCAGGUACAGUGGCCCUUUAGGGCCCUGGUGUAAACCAUUACGCAGGAAGACUGUGUGUACCAAAGACACGAGAAUGACCUAAAUACAGCAGUCAAAUCCAGACUGAGCCACGGUCCAUGAAGCCAGGACAAGAUCUGCCUGGACUAUUCUCUCAGAAUAAUGUGACAGGAGCACAUCAACACUGAUUUGAUUGACAGCACUGUGACAUAUUAUUUUGGGUCCGUGUAUUCACGGACAGGUGAUGAGUAGUUUCAGUCUUUAACCGUAGUCAUAGGUGUGUUAGCACUGGUGUGGUUACCAUUCUCAUGGUUAUAGGCCUUGUGUCUGCUGUUUAUGUUUCCCAUGUACAGUCACAACUUGACAGGGUGUUCCUUGGUUUUGCACAUAUUGUGUGAAUUUAUAACUUCUCUAUUAUUUUAAAAUGUGCUGUCGAGGUGUGAAUAUUUUGCAGCCAACUUGUUUGUGGGUACUCAAUGUUUGUUGCUAUUAAUAAAUAGGACUGAAUAUUAAUGAGCCAAUGUGAUUUCAUAAGAUAUCCUCGUGUAACGUUUUAAAUUAUUGUAGUGUCACGGAAAUACUGUUUUGUCUGCUGUAAUUACAUGAUUAAAUGCAGAAAGAUGUUUUUUUUUAGUGCUCAUUAGCAGAUGACUUUUUUUAAAAUGCAGGAUAGAACUUUCUGCAACUCCAGAAUAUUGACAUGGAAGUUUAUUGAUUUCUAGCAAGGCACUCUAAUUUAGCAUCAAAUUGUUUGAUUUCUGUAUUAUUAUUAUCAUUAUUAUUAUUAUUUGAAGUAACAGUUAUAUGAAGACUUUAAUGGUGCACUUCAUUUGGAAGUUAAAAUGGCAUUCACUCUUGACAUGCAGGAAAAUGGCAACCUUGGUAAAUUUUUCUUAUCAUAUCCACAGUAGGCUAGCUUGGUGUUCCUUCACCGUAUUGGCUCCUGUUUGUCUCCAGUUCAACAUGUUAAAGGAGGCCUCACGCUUGUCUGUUAAUAUAAACGUUUUACAUAAAAAGUAAAAAAAUAAAUACCUGUCUUAUUUAUUGUUUCAUUGCAUUUAAUCCCCUCUCAAGAUUUCUGUGAAUUCCUCCAUUUUGUGAAUUCUGUAUGCUGUCAUCGAUGUGGAAACAGCAGAUCGGAAAGACCAAUGUGUUAGGAAGGCAGCUUUCAUUAGCACGUUAGCGCAUGUGAAUGCUGUCGUAUGGGUACAGCUUCAUGAAAAGCUUAUUUACACCAGUGAUUGCCUGUGAUGCAUGUCUUUAUGCACAAGGACUGCAGAGCCCAGGUAGACCAGAGUUAUUGCAUUUAGUUUCGGGCUUCUGCCAAGCUAACUUCAGCACAUGGUCCUUUUCGUUUUUCACCAAGCUCAAAGAAAAUUUCACUCAAAUGCCAGUAAAAUGAUAACCAGCAAGGAAACAAUACGUUUGUAUAGAAUAAGCUUUUCACUGUAAUAAAAGUAUAAUGACAGUCAA